GAAGGGAAUGAAAGAAGAGAUUUGAAUUUUUUGAUUUUCUUUGUCAUUUACAUAUUUCAAGAUGGACUCUCUACUGCAGAACUACAACAGUGACGACGAGUUGGACGAUCAGCAGAAUUUUCCUCAGAAAUUGGAAACAACCGCCGGUCGCAAAAAAACAACACUAUUGACGGACAGCCAGGAUCCACAGGAGCGCAAGCCUGAUCACUCAAAAGAUGACUCCAAAAAGAGGACCAACAAGGAAAAGUCUGACAGCAAGCAUUCAAAAAAGAAACGUUCCCGGUAUUCAUCUUCGUCUUCUAGCGACAGCAGCGAUUCAUCGUCUUCGUCCGGAUCCUCAUCAUCAUCUUCAUCGUCGUCCUCGGAUUCAGACACGAGCAGCGACGAUAGUGACCGUGGACGAAAAUCGCGUAAAACACCAAAGAAAUCAUCGAUUAACAGCAAGCCCGAGGCGUCAUCGUCCAACGUUGCUAAGCAUGAUGUUGAGAAGUCAUCAAAAAUGGCCCCGCUUACGCCAGAAAUUCGCCAUGUUGUCAUUGAGAAAAAUCCUGUUAAGUCGAGCCACUGCGGAGUAGAAAAAAAGAGAAGCCCUGUAGAACGCGAUCGACAUCGUAAUAGAAGCAGUUCACGCGAUCGCUAUGAAAGCAAGCGUAAUGACAGAGACAAGGAUAGACGUGAUCGUGAUCGCUUGCCGCGGCAUCAUCGAGACUACGAUGACAAGGACAAGGAUCGGCGGGAUAGAUAUUCCAGUCGAGGUAGCGCGAGUGGUUACAAGAAUGAUAGACGAGAUAGACGGGACAAGUACGACAGGCACGAUCGAAAGGAUCGUGACCGCAGUCGCGACCGCAAGGAUAAACGGAACUACGAUAGAGAUCGUAAUUACAGAAGAUCUUCUUCGCGUGACAGAAAACGCAAAUCAAGUGAUGAUAAGUCAAGAAGAUCUCGAUCUAGGAGCAAAUCUGCACCCAAGAUACCUGUAUCACCUAUUAGUACAGCACCACCCCCACUCAUCACGAACACAUUACCCACCGGAUUUAGUCCCAAUGUAAGACCUCCGCCAAUUAAUCCGGCUUUAAUCCCUCCUUUAAUGGCCAUUAAUGUCGGACCAAUCGAAUUGCCCUCUCGACCGACCACGAGCAGCGAAUUGUCGAGCGAGCAACAAAACGAUCUCUCUCGUAUCUCGUUGAUUCGCAGCAAAGCAGCUCAACUGGAGAAGAUGGGAAUCGAUGUUUUACAGCAAAGCAAGAAAGCAGCGGAUAGUGUUCCGUUACCUUCGUACUACAAUCCAGGCAUCGUAAAUCCGGUUCGGUACGCCGACCAAGUACAAAAACGAAAACUACUUUGGGGAAACAAGACGGCCGAAAGUAAGGAUGUGUCGUCCAACAUUAGCAAGUGGGAGCAGGCAAAAUUCUCUCAAGAUAAAGAUGGUAAAAUGGCCUCCAAGUUUUUGCGCCUGAUGGGUGUUAAGGAUCCUCAUAAAACUGCAACGGCAGACGAUGUCAAACCGGGAACCAGCACCUCUGGAGACAGCAUCAAUAAGCAGGAAGAACUGUUCUCAACCAUGGAACAGCAGUACGAAGUAGCUCGGCAGGUGACGCACACAAUGCGUGGCGUUGGCCUUGGGUUUGGUUCGCAACCUCGGACCUUUUGAAGCGUUGAGUGUCGAAUGAUAGGCAUACACAGCUUUGUCUUGUUUCUUUAGCGUUUCAUAACCUAAAUAGAAAUCUUGCGCCAAAAUCGUUAAAACGAUGCAGGUUUGAAAUAAUAAGUUUAUGAAAUCCUGCUGCUAAACCUAGGAAUCUUAUGUGAUAGUGGCGGCAUAUUUGAGUAGUGUUGUGCAUUAGUAGCCACUAUUCAGUAAUAAGACAUGUACCAUUGCAAAAUGAACAUUUACACAUGCAAUAUUGAUGUAAAGGUGAAGUUUUCGAAAAAUAGAUGCAUGAUUACUGCACUGAAUUUUACAUAACAAAAAUGUAACUAUCCGAAAUGGAUACAAAAUAAAACUUAAACAAACCUA